AUCUCUUCAAACACUAGCAGAGAUUACAAGUUGUUUAUUAGAAAGUCAAGGUUGAUAAUUUAAUAUUAAAAGAUGAAUUCCUACAAAAAUAAGGCAAUCUUAUUAAUCGCUAUAUCAUUUAUUAUUGUGAUCAUUAAUGGAACUCCAGUUAAUGAUUGUGGAAAAGAUGUCACCAGCAAGUUUUAUCCUAAUUUCGACGAUUGCACAACGUAUUAUAAUUGUAGUGCAGGUGUAAUGCAAUUAACUAAUUGCCCUGAUGGAUUACUUUUCCACGCUGAUUACGGUUAUUGCGACCUAGCUGAAAAUGUUAAAUGCUAAAAGCUUGUAAUUUAUAUCUAAAAAAUAAAAUACAUUUGUAACAAAUAAAAGUA